AUGCAGCACUCCUUUACGGAUGCGGCCUCAUCCCGGUUCUUUGACAGGACCCGCACCCCACCCACCCCAACCCGGGAGUCCCGUACCCACGGGCUCCCCCUCUCGGCCCCUCCCUGGUUGCAGUCUGUCACACAGCGGGCGCGGUCUCUGGUCUCUUCUACUGGAUGCAGGCCGGUGGAAGCCCAGACGGAGGGUCUCAGGCCACCCGCCAGGCGGGGUCUUGGCUUUGCGGAGAAAAAAUUAGAGGGCAAGCCAUUUAGAGAAAGGGACAAAGGUGUAUCAAGCAUAGAAGUGAGAAGGGAGCUACUCUCCGGACAAAGCAGCCGUCUCUCCUCCCAGCCUCCCUUCCCUCCUGCCUCACCACGUGGACUCAGCUCGGAGGAUCAAAGUCUGUUUGCUGCCCGGCCCUGGAGGGGGGGCGAAGAAGGCGCCGGAGACCGGGCCGAGUGCAGCUGCCGUGGCCGCCGCCUUUUUAGCUCUUCAGGCGUCGGCUCCCGGGUCCGAGCCACAGCGGAGGAAACCAGCAAGGGAAAGACCUGCGCGGAGAGCCUGCAGAUGCUCGGAGCCUUCGUAGCGCGGAGCUGCCCGUCGCCCGCCCCCGCCGCCCGCCUGCUCCUGCUCCUGCUCCGGCUCUUCGUCCCCGGGCUCCGGGAGCCCCAGCUCCCCGCCGCCGCCGCCGCUGCCGCCGCCUCGGCCUCCGCCGCCCCUCUGUGGGUGUGGGGACUGCUGGGGCUGAGCCGGGCCUCCGCGCCGGCUCCGAGGACGGACGCCUGA